GUUGGAGAGACGAAUCAGGAAGUAGGCAAACUUUCUCAGUUGCGUUUUCACCGUCGUCCACACAACACACAGAUCCAAGAUGUCAACCAUGAACUGGUGCGGGCGUGCGGGCGUGAUUGCCGCUGCUUCUCUCCUCCUGCUCUUGUUGGCCGCCCACUCCCACGCCGGACCCGUUGCCAAGAGGGACAUCGCUGAUUUGCUCGAUGGGAAGGACAAACGCCCCUUCUGCAAUGCAUUCACCGGAUGUGGAAAGAAGAGGUCCGAGCCUAAAAUCGAACCACUGGCCUCGGGCGCGGAACUCGACGCCCUCGCCAAGCACGUUGUCGCCGAAGCCAAGCUGUGGGAACAACUCCAGAACAAGAUGGAGGUCAUGCGCUCUCUAGCCGCCCGCAUGGAGGAGCACCCGAUCUUCAGGAGGAAAAGGUGUAACCUGCAAGUCUCGUAGCGUUCGCGUAUCUCCCCCGUAUUCAGUAAUUUGAUGCAGUUCACAGCGUUCGUGUAAGAUCCCACGUGUUCCGACUCGUGAAUUUCGAUUUUUGCGCAGGUUAAAAAAAAUAGUUAGUGAAAUGUAAUAAAUUUCUUUGUGCCUGAAUGAGAGGUUUUUGGCAUCGUGUCUUGUGUGAUUCUUAUAUAUCUUUCUUACACCCGAUGCUUUUGAAAAUCAUAAAAUGAAACUAUUUUAUAGGAAGAAAAUUAAGAGGAAGUCGAGUCACGAACACUGGGAUCGAACAUUGGCUUUUGUGGCCAUCAUUCUGUCAUUGCCGAUCAACGUAUAGUUAUUCACAAAUAGAGUUGAGAGAUGUAUUAUAAAUAUGAGAGAAUGGCGUAUUUUGUAAAGGACUUUGGAUAGCGGAAACGAACAUGGGACUGACGUCUUCACAUUCCUGGACGAGACGAAUAUAAAUAAAACGAAUAAAAAUGGCAAAAAAAUAUAUAUAUCGUAAGCUCCAGCUCAAUGCUCAUAAAAGGAGAGAAAGAAAAAAUAUAUAUUAUAUUUAUUUUCUAACUCCAAGGUGUUGAAAGAGAACUGUGUGACUUGGUGUUCGAAUAAAGAGUCCCAACUUUUCCUCCA